AUGCCAAAGGAGUCAGAGGCCAUAAAUUCUGAAUUUCAUGUGGAUGUUCAAGAUCCAGAGCGCCUGAAUGGACACCCUGUAGCUAAGUUCAUUAAUAAGUUAAGCGGUCAGCCCGAUUCUUAUGUUAAUAGGACCAAUUAUAUUUUCGGUAGAACACUGGGUGCUGGUUCCUUCGGUGUUGUGAGGCAAGCAAGAAAGUUAUCCACAAAUGAAGACGUUGCUAUUAAAAUUCUAUUGAAGAAAGCAUUACAGGGAAACAAUGUCCAGCUGCAGAUGUUGUAUGAAGAGCUAUCCAUUCUCCAAAAAUUGAGUCAUCCCAACAUUGUCUCCUUCAAAGAUUGGUUCGAGUCGAAGGAUAAGUUUUAUAUAGUCACUCAGUUGGCAACGGGAGGUGAGCUAUUUGAUAGGAUUCUUUCUAGAGGGAAGUUCACAGAAGUGGAUGCUGUUGAAAUUGUAGUUCAGAUUCUGGGUGCUGUGGAAUAUAUGCAUUCUAAGAAUGUUGUUCAUAGGGACUUGAAACCUGAAAAUGUACUUUAUGUUGAUAAAUCAGAAAACUCACCUCUAGUAAUCGCAGACUUCGGUAUAGCUAAACAACUGAAAGGAAAAGAGGAUUUGAUAUACAAGGCAGCCGGAUCUUUGGGCUAUGUGGCGCCAGAAGUGCUUACCCAAGACGGGCACGGUAAACCUUGUGAUAUAUGGUCUAUCGGUGUGAUCACAUAUACUUUACUCUGCGGUUACUCUCCAUUUAUUGCCGAAAGCGUUGAAGGAUUUAUGGAAGAAUGUACGGCUUCUAGGUAUCCGGUAACCUUCCACAUACCCUAUUGGGAUAACAUAUCUAUUGAUGCGAAGCGUUUUAUCUUGAAAGCGCUGAGACUGAACCCAACAGAAAGACCAACUGCUACAGAACUGCUGGACGAUCCAUGGAUUACUUCUAAGAGAAUUGGAACUAGUAACAUUUUGCCAGAUGUUAAGAAAGGGUUUUCUUUGCGUAAAAAAUUACGUGACGCUAUUGAAAUUGUGAAGCUUAAUAAUAGAAUUAAGAGACUGAGAAAUAUGUACUUGUUAGGAGAUGACAAUGACAAUGAUAUAGAGGAAAACUCUCUCAAUGACAAUUUUUUCGAUGGCGUGACACAUUCGUUGAAUGACUUACGUCUGCAAUCUCAGAAGAAAGUAGGGGAACUCACAGAGGAACAAAUGAAGUUGAAAUCUGCAUUAACAAAAGAUGCCUUUGUCCAAAUCGUUAAAGCUGCGACAAAGAAUAAACAUAAAGUAUUGGCUGGCGAAGAGGAUGAAGAUAGCGAGAAAACAGAGCAAGACGAUCAGAAGUAG